AGAUCGACUCCCAGAAGACAACUUCGAUGCCAGAUAAUAAAAACAACAAUUGGCCACAAUGUGUGCAAUACAUAGACAGCAUGAGAAAAGAGAUAUCUGAUCGAGAUAUUUAUAUUAUUGCGCUACAAACAAACUUGAUGAGCUCGAGAGAAGAGAUUGAAGGUUUGAAAAGAAGAAACGAUAAUUUGUUAGUGAAAAAUGACGAACUGCAAAAGAUGGUUAAGGAGGUAGGCCCUAAUUUCCGUAUUAAAUAUAAUUACAAUCUUUUAAAUCUUAAUAAAAUCUUUUAAAUCUUAAUAAAAUCUUAGCAUAGCAGGAGACAAUGGUGGAUCCUGGCAUCUAGGAUUCCAGAAAAUAUUCACACCUGGCUUAGCUGGCAGAAAUUUUAGGGGAUUGCAUAACAGUCACAGAAAAUAAUUGUAGGAAGAAUACUAUUGAGCUCGACAGAAAUAUUUGACACCAAAACUUCCCAGAAACAAAACAUAUUAUUUUCAGCUAUGCCAAAUGGUAAUGCUAGCCUUAGACUAAUCCCUUGCAUUCAAUAACGGAGUAUUAGCAACAGGCAGGGGUGGAAAAAAUAGGCACUGCUCGCAGGAAAUGUUAAAUAGCUGCAGGAAAUUCCUUUGAAUGAAGAUUUGCUAUUGAAAAUUUGAAACCUUAACACCCAUGUCCCACUAUGGGCGCGACAACAUAUGGUUGACAGACAUUAUCUGCUCCAUUUAACCAUGGUUAUGUACAUGCAGAUUUAGCACAAAAAUAUGCCGUUGGUCUGCAGGAAAUUUUUGUCUCCAGGUAAUUGUGCUCCCAGGAAGAAAAUUCUUUUUUCCUGCCCUGAUCAGCAAGCCCUAAUUUGAAUACAUAACACCACGCCUAACCCGAGAUCUUCUCUCACAAUGCUUUCUAGAUGAAUGAAAGCUACCACUUGAAGAAAUGUGAAUCUCUACGUUUGAGCGAGCGCAUAGAACGACAGGGGAACGAAAUAAAGAAGGCGGAACAAACUAUGAGAAAGUAUCGUGAGUGCCAAUUUCACAACAUGAGACUUCGCGAAGAGAAAGAACAUGUGCAAGAGGAAUUAGAUGAGUUGACUAAAUGGACUGAGGCGUUGAAGGUAGAACCGUUAAAACUUUUUAACAGCACGAGGGAUUAGGGGGUCCAGGGGCGAAAAGGCUUGUCGACUUUUUAACUACCCGUUUUGUAGCUAAAUAUAGUAGUUCACUUUAUAUUUUCUAUUAACUCCGAUUCAUCUGUUGAAGACUCGUUAUGACAUCGUGGAAUAUGAGAAGAAGAAGACUUUGAGUGAUCAUACAGUCAUCAUGGCGGAUUUUGGAAGUCUGCAGGAGGAGUUGAUGAAAUAUAGAGAAGAGAUGAAUGAGGUAAUGAUUCUGAAUAUCUUUAUCAGUUCCAAACUGUUCUGUCUGGAAACAGGGUCAGGAUCAUCUCUUAUUGAUCCAGUGUUACUACAGGAGGAAAUCUAAACUAAACUAACUUUAUUUAUACUGAAUAGCUCUAUCAGUUCUAAACUGUUCUCCCUAGAAGUCCAUUAAGGUCGAUCUCUUAUUGAUCCAGUGUUACUACAGGAGGAAACCUAAAUUAAACUAACUUUAUUUAUGCUGGAUAGCUCUAUCUGUUCUAAGCUGUUCUUCCUAGAGGUCCAGUAAGGGUCAUCUCUUAUUGAUCCAGUGUUACUACAGGAGGAAACCUAAAUUAAACUAACUUUAUUUAUGCUGGAUAGCUCUAUCUGUUCUAAGCUGUUUUUCCUAGAGGUCCAGUAAGGGUCAUCUCUUAUUGAUCCAGUGUUACUACAGGAGGAAACCUAAGUUAAACUAACUUUAUUUAUACUGGAUAGCUUUAUCAGUUCUAAACUGUUCUCACUAGAAGUCCAGUAAGAAUAAUCUCUUAUUGAUCCAGUGUUACUACACGAGGAAACCUAAAUUAAACUAACUUUAUUUAUACUGGAUAACUCUAUCAGUUCUAAACUGUUCUCACUAGAAGUCCAGUAAGAAUCAUCUCUUAUUGAUCCAGUGUUACUAUACAGAAGGAAACCUAAACUAAACUAACUUUAUUUAUACUGGAUAGCUCUAUCAGUUCUAAACUGUUCUUCCUAGAGGUCCAGUAAGGAUCAUCUCUUAUUGAUCCAGUGUUACUACAGGAGGAAACCUAAACUAAACUAACUUUAUUUAUAUUGGAUAGUUCUAUCAGUUCUAAACUGUUCUUCCUAGAGGUCCAGUAAGGAUCAUCUCUUAUUGAUCCAGUGUUACUAUACAGGAGGAAACCUAAACUAAACUAACUUUAUUUAUACUGGAUAGCUUUAUCAGUUCUAAACUAUUCUCACUAGAAGUUCAGUAAGAUCUAUAUCCGUUAUGGUCAGAAUAAAGCCUAAACUAACUUUAGUUAUAAUGGAUAACUCUAUAGCCUGUUCAUGUUCACACAAUAAGACGUGCCAUUCUGUAUCACAAUGUAGGUGCAAUUGGUUGCUGCAGACCUCAGGGAACAUGUGCGUCAUCUAGAACAUGACAGACAGACGUACAAGCGACAACGUGAUGGGGCCUUUGCUGCAAGACGGGAGGCAGUACUCGAUCGUGACAAAGCUUUUAUAGAGCGCGAUCAAGCUGUUAAGAAAUACAAAGAACUGAAGGCUGAGAACCAUACAACAAUUGAAGACAAAAUCUUGCAAGUGAAGGUAAAAUAAAUUUGUGUUUGUGGAAUGGUGAGACCGGUUGUUCAAAGCUGGGUUAGCUUAACCCUAGGUUAAUCUAAAAUUCAAAGCAAGCUUUCUGACAGCUUGUUUAUAAAUUUGGAAAUAUUUCUUCAGAGAUCUUGUCUGGAUCGAUAGGAGUUUACUUCUCUGAAGUGUUGAAAUAAACAGACGUGUAGAAAUACACAAACUAAAACAGCAGGUUAAAUUUUAACCCAGGGUUAGCGCUAACCCACCUUUGAACAACCGGCCCCUGAUCUUUACAAGACAACCCUAUUUCUAACAGUUGAAGGGUUUUUGGACUUUACAACUUUCAGGAGCAGAUACCAAAAAUUCAACUACAGUAUAGGCCCUCAGGCAGGAAUCCAACCUGCGAUUCCGGUGCAGCCGCUCUAACCUGCAGAGUCCAGUUGACUUGCAUCAACUACGUUAGUUCUAUCAUAGCCUAUCGAAGGGAAGAUGGCUGUGAAAUUCAUCAGAAGAACAAUAUAACUCAUCUAUGUUAGUCAACGUUUAUUCAUAAAUCUGGUCCUUCACCGUCACGUGUAUUGUAUUUUUGCCAAAUCCACCAAUAGUAAAUUCCAAUUUACGCUAUUGUUCGAGUCACGGAUAGGUAACUUUCCUAAAUAUUGAUUACUUGAGCAAAAAUACAAUACGCACGUGACUGUGAAGGAUCAGAUUGAUGAAUAAACGUUGACUAACAUAGAUAAUGAGUUUUAGUAUUUUUGCACAAGUGAACAUAACAAAUCCUACACGUUGAUUGGUCAGACUUGACGUAUUAAGCUGUUAUAUUCACCUCCAGGGGCCGGUUGUAUAAAACUCUUAAUCACUUUUUAAAUCACUAUUUUGUAGUUAAAUAGUGAUUAACACUUAAAUUGGCGCUUCUUAUUGGAUGACGUUCCUAUAGUUAACUUUAAUCACUUUUUUAUACAACCGGCCCCAGGUGAAUAUAAAACCGAAAUUUUCAAAAUGGCGGCUAGCCGUUUUGUGGAAGUUACUAGUGAGCUUAAGCAAGUGACGUUUUUGACAACACGAACGGCAUGAGUAACGUCAGAAGACUGGGUCAAGGGCUGUGAUUGGUGAAAAACGUCAAAUUUACUUCCGGUCAACCUCCCUGCUGUCAAAAACGUCAUUGCUUAAGCUCACUACUGAUAAAGAAAUAAGCGAAAUUAAAAUAAAUCCAGUCCCAAAAACACAAAAGAUUAUUAUUCGCCUCAGGCUCGGUGAUUAUUUGUAAAAUUUCGGUGUAAAAUGUAGGUGUAAAAUUUAUGUGUAAAAUGUAGGUGUAAAAUGUAGGUGUAAAAUUUAGGUGUAAAAUGUAGGUGUAAAAUGCAGGUGUAAAAUUUAGGUGUAAAAUUUAGGUGUAAAAUUUAGGUGUAAAAUUUAAUCACCCGCCUUCGGCGAAUAAUUGUUAAAUAUUGUUAUUCUAAUGAAUUUCACAGCCAACUUCCCUUCGGAUAGGUUAUGGUUCUAUCGAGCGAGAUUUCCAAAAUCUUGAUAUUUCCCUCCUCUAUUUCUGAUUUAGAGUUAUGACGAGGUGGUUGCAAGAUGCGACGUGAUGGAGGAAGAGGUGAAACAAGCGAAAAUAAAAUUACGAAAAACUGAACGGGAACUGGAAGAACUGAAAGUAAAAUGUGGAAUAGAGGAUGGCAUGCAAAGUGAAGAUGGGGAAGAAAAGGUAGACGAACACCUAAACUUACUUUGUACUGGAUAGCUCUGUCAGUUCUAAACUGUUCUCAGAGAUCCAGUAAGGAUCAUCUCUUAUUUAAUAUUUAUCCAGUGUUACUGCAGGAGGAAACCUAAACCAAACUAACUUUAUUUAUACUGGAUAGCUCUAUCAGUUCUAAACUGUUCUUCCUAGAGGUCCAGUAAGGAUCAUCUCUUUUUUAUCCAGUGUUACUACAGGAGGAAACCUAAACCAAUUCAAACUAACUUUAUUUAUACUGGAUAGCUCUAUCAGUUUUAAACUGUUCUUCCUAGAGGUCCAGUAAGGAUCAUCUCUUAUUGAUCCAGUGUUACUACAGUAGGAAACCUAAACUAAACUUACUACAGGAGGAGACCUAAACUAAACUAACUUUAUUUAUAUUGGAUAGCUCUAUCAGUUCAAAACAGUUCUGCCUAGAAAUCCAGUAAGGAUCAUCUCUUAUUGAUCCAGUCCUACUACAGGAGGAAAUUGUAAGCAUUCUCACAUGCAACUAAGAUAGAAUUAUAAUGAGACAGCUGCAUAUUGCGGGAAUUGAACCCUCGUCACAAAGGUGAAAGACACUAACCAUUGUGUGGCGAACACUGCUUGCUACAAAUUCUAAACAGAAUAACUACAAGAUUUUUGUUUCAUUUCUGUAGCAAGACGGUGAGGCAAAUGCUCCCGGAAUAAAAAUCGUAGACUCGGACGGCGAUAUAUCAGAAAAGAUAUCCGAGGAAAGUAUUUCACGUUCGCCUCCAUCAUCCAAUACUAUCGUUGAAAGUAUUAAACGCCGUGUAGCACCCCCGUCUCCUAGUUUUCGAGGAACCAACCUCCCUACCUUUGCAGGACCCCACAACCAUCCUUUCCUAAACUCCGAGUCAAUUUUCGAACCGUUCUCACUUACUCGUGCUUUCCCCAAGGAAAGUGCUCCAAAAGAGGGGGGGUUGGACAGAAAAGGUGUUUCUCGAAUGCCGAUCAAACUGCGACAGAAUGACAGCAAAGAAGAUCUUUUGCCGCAGUCACAUGAGACCCAAAAUGAGGGCACGGUUUCCUCAGAAGGGGAGAAGGUUGCAACUGUGACGUCUCAGAGCAGAGAUGGGGAGGAACACACACAGCAGGCUGGUGAAAAUGUUGAGCAGGAAGUCGCUGAGAGGCAAAACUCUGACAGAUCAGGCAGCAGUAAGGUCAUACUUUAUCUUUAAUUAUCUUUCAGUAGCAGUAAGCCCCGGUCAAACGAAAAUGAGAGUUGAUGAGAAUGAUUCGAGCAAUAAACGAAAUUUGGAUCUAGUAAAAUUCCAAAGUUUGGUUGCGAAUUGUUGUAAAAUGAGGAAAAUAUAGCCCUGUGAAGUUCGCAAAUUUGCUAUAUAUUUGCAUUACGCGCGGGAAAAUAACCAUUUUUCAACCGAAAGUGGUUAUUUAAACCGCGCGUAAUACAAAUAUAUAGAAAAUUUGCGAGCUUCACAGGGCUAUAUUUUCUUCAUUUUACAACAUAUCUAGCAACCAAUCUUUGCAGUUUUACUCAUUCUAAGAUGCUCUUUCUAGCUGUGCUGUUGGAUUUCGUUCUUCUUGCCUUGAUCAAAAUUUCGUCUAUAGCUGGAAUCACCCAAUGGGACAUUUCACGCUCUAGAUUAACAAAAUAAAGGUUUCAUGAGUGUUCCAACUAUGCUUUAACUUAAAUAGAAUACAUGAUAGUGUUGGGAAAGCAUUAAGAACAGCUAACCAAGGUCCCACCUCUCAUCUUCGUUUCAUCCGAGCUUGGCAGGGCAGUAGAUGGUGCUCAACUUAGGAUGAUGGCACUCAACACAACAUGGAAAUGAAACUUCCUUUCUCGUUUCCAUUGCACAUAUAAUAAUAUAUACAUAUAAUAAAAAGAAUUUCCAUGGAUAAAUUUCUGAUCAUUACAGACUGACCUGCUUCCACAAUAAUGCUUAGAGAAAACCAUAACAUUCAACCAUAAAUUCUCUCUUAUUUUGAGAAUAAGCCGGGAAGUAAGAUGAAACUAACAGUCUGACCUUCGGGUCAGAGAUAUCUUGUUAAUAUUAUAUACAACAUAAUCAAAGUAGGGCUGGUCCUUUAUGAUUAGUGGAUGAUCAAAAUAUAAAUUAUAAGAGAGGAAAUACUAGAAUAUUUAAAAAUCAUAUAACAUUUGAAUAACACAAAUUUUAACACCAUAUAUAACAUGUAAGAAUAUAACAUAUAUAUUAUAACAUUUUAAUACAACUGUUAGUCAGUUUUAAUUUGUGUUUUGCUGUUCUAAAAUGAAUGCAUUUUUGUGCAGAGCAAUUUGACCGAUGUCCUAUAACUAUACACAAUAUAGGUAAGUUCAAAAGUCUAUAACUGUGUAGAAAUAGAGUACACACGUAAAAACGCACAAGUUGUAACAAACCUACAGCAGACUUGUAGCAAUGCUGUUCCAACAACUUGUCAACAGGAUGUGUUCGCACUGCUUGUUGACACCUUGCUACAAAGGUUGUUGAACCACCGUGGUUGAACUCAACAGACUUGUUACAAGUUGUUCCAACAACUUGUUAUCGUUCUGCAAUUCAACAAUUUGUCAACAAGUUGUGAGUGACAACCUUGUUGCAACUUGAUAAAAUAACAACAUUGUUACAACUUGUUGACAAGCUUGCUACAAGCCUGUUGUGAACACUUCUGGGUGACAAGCUCGCUACAAGCCUGUUGCGAACACAUCUUGUUGACAAGUUGCGAGAUUUUUACGUGUGUAGGUCGCAUGCUUAUUUACGAUCUGCGUAUACUGUAGCUUUAUGUUGUGGGUAAAAAUUUUACGAGUGUUUUCUUUGCAUCACCAACGGUCAAACAUUGUUCCUUAAACACGCUCUCCGUCGAAUUCUCUGGCAUAGUCCUUAAACACAACUCGAACAGAUUUUGAGCUUCGAUCAGCUUCGGCUUCAUUUCAAAAACUUUGGUGAGUAACUCGCUUUGACUAGUCCCAGACCCUCGUACCACACCAGACAGCAAGAUCUCGUACAGUUGAGAAACCUGUUAUGAAGAAGCAUUAUUGCUGUUAGUUAUAUCAAAACUAUAAUGAAAUCAUUAACGAAAUUACCUCAAGCAUAUCUGUCGAGGAUCGUGUGAUUUCCACGUAAAAUUCGACGGCUUCUUGCCACAGUUGCCUUUGAAGAAAUAUCGCCAAAGCAUCUCGGGUUAAUCCAAGACGAAGCAAAAUUUGUGCAUGGAUCUUGACGCGUUUUAAGUUGCAUUCCUCACUCCAGACGUUGGGGAGAAAGUCCAACAUAAAUUCUCGAACACAAUCCUAGAAAAAAUACCGCGUUCUUUGCUGAGUAAAACAUGGUUAGAUCAUGCAGAGAUAGUGAAACAUACCUGGCUAUACAGCAGACACUAUUAAAAUGCACGAGCGCG